UUUCCUAGUACAGUAGUAUUUAAAUACAUGUAUACAGAUACUCAUAGCAUAAACCUGGAAAAUACUGACUCUAAUAAAAUGGCUGAGUAUCUUAUCAGCGGAGAAACAAGCUACGUUCCAGAGGAUGGAUUGACGGCUUCACAGCUUUUAAAUACGGGAGAUGGCCUAACAUAUAAUGACUUUCUUAUUUUACCUGGAUACAUUGAGUUUGUUUCUACUGAUGUUGAUUUAACAUCUGCGCUAACAAAAACUUUGACGUUGAAAACACCUCUUCUUUCUUCCCCUAUGGACACAGUCACUGAGGCAAAUAUGGCAAUUGCGAUGGCUUUAAUGGGUGGAAUUGGGUUCAUACAUCAUAACUGCACCCCACAGUACCAGGCUGAACAAGUUCGCAGAGUCAAAAAAUAUAAACAAGGAUUUAUAAUGAGGCCUGUGACUUUAGGACCAAAAGCUACUGUCCGUGAUGUUCACGAUGUAAAAAUGACUUACGGUUUCUCUGGAAUUCCCAUAACAGACACUGGGUCUCCACAUGGAAAGCUGCUAGGACUUGUGACGUCUCGCGACGUUGAUUUUUUGCGUCCGGGUGAUUAUGAUACACCAUUAGAAAAUGUUAUGACUGCAAGAGAAGAUCUGAUCACAGCGAAUCAGGGUGUCACUCUGGAAGAAGCCAAUGGCAUUUUAUCACAAAGUAAAAAAGGCAAACUUCCAAUUAUAAAUGAAGAAAACGAGCUAAUAUCAUUAAUUGCUCGAACCGAUUUGAAGAAAAAUCGUAAUUAUCCAUUCGCCAGUAAAGAUUCUCAAAAACAACUUUUAUGCGGAGCUGCUAUUUCUACGAGAGAUGAGGAUAAAGACAGACUUGAUGCUCUUGUCGAUGCAGGGGUUGAUGUUGUCAUCUUAGACUCUUCCCAAGGAAACUCCAUAUUUCAGAUACAGAUGAUCAAAUAUAUCAAGGAUAAAUAUCCGAGUCUUCAAGUUAUCGGGGGAAAUGUAGUCACAGCUUCUCAAGCAAAGAAUCUUAUCGAUGCUGGCAUUGAUGCUCUGAGAGUUGGGAUGGGAUCGGGGUCAAUCUGUAUAACACAAGAAGUUAUGGCAGUAGGAAGGCCACAGGCCACAGCUGUUUACAAAGUAUCCGAAUAUGCACGUCGGUUUGGAGUUCCAGUCAUUGCUGAUGGAGGAAUUCAAAAUGUCGGCCACAUCACUAAAGCACUCGCACUUGGGGCUUCUACUGUGAUGAUGGGAUCAUUACUCGCUGCUACAACUGAAUCACCAGGUGAAUAUUUCUACCAAGAUGGCAUCAGGUUGAAGAAGUAUCGUGGGAUGGGUUCCUUAGAUGCCAUGGAACAACACCAGUCCAGCAGUUCCAGAUAUUUCAGUGAAAAAGACAAAGUUAAAGUUGCCCAGGGAGUAUCAGGUGCGGUUCAAGACAAAGGCUCGGUUCACGUGUUCAUUCCAUACUUGAUGGCAGGGAUACAACAUGGCUGCCAGGAUAUCGGAAGUCGCAGCCUCUCUCUUUUACGCUCCAUGAUGUACAGCGGAGAAUUGAAAUUUGAACGGAGAUCAACGUCAGCUCAGGUGGAAGGAGGGGUACAUGGCCUGCAUUCGUAUGAGAAGAAAUAUAUGUAGAAUGUGUGAUUGAAUAGAAGAAGGAAACGUUCUUGAAAUUUUGUAUACUGCCAGGUUAAUUUGAUAAAAACCAUGAUCUUUUUAAUACUUUUUAUUGGUGAUUGAAGAGGCUUGUUUUAUCAAUAAUGAAAAAAAACACCUGCAUUCAAAUGAAAUGCAUUUAGAAUUCAUUUGACAAACUAUUGUAUUAAAUCAAGAAUUUUCUGAUAUUCGUAUACUGCCAGAAUUAAUAUUCUGGACUUUUUAAUAAUUCAUAAGUCUUUUCAUUGGUGGCGGUUCCUAUCUGGUACAUAAUGGGAAUGGAUAUCUUAUAUUCGCGUUUGUGAAACGUAAAUUCAUAGCUACAUACAUAUGGUCAUUUGUUGAUUUUGAAACGGUGGGUAAUUAAUUAAGGGGGUAUUUCUCGUAAUUUUUUGCAUGUAUUGAAACAAUUGUACAACUGAAAGACAAACAGUAGUGCCUUCGGUAGAAGUGUAUCUCCUUGCUAGACCUUUGUUCGGAGUUGGUUUAUCAAAAAUUUUGAUACCUAUUUCUUUGAGUGAAUUCAGUAUCUGAACAAGGCCAAGUACAAGUCAACCACUUAUAUCUAGCGAUGUGUAACUGACACUAUUUCUGAACAUUUUGUUUACACCUAUUUUGUUUUGGUAAAAAAUUGAACUCAGAUUCCAAACUUGAAAUUUUGAGUUUGAAAAGUACAUUUUCCUCAUUUCUGAUUUUUACGGCUUACCUGGUCAUUGCUUCUAAUUUAUAUUUUGAAAUCCAUGCACAAUACUGCUCGUCUGCAAAACAUUAUUUCUUUUUUAUAUUAUGCAGUUGCUCAUUAUCUUUUUUGUUCUAUCAUGUAUGAUAUUAUUGGCAUUUUGGACCAUAUUUUGUGAGUUUCGAAUCUAUUCCAACUUAUGAUAUAUAUCCUAGAACAAUGGUUCUCAACCUG